CCUGGGGACGCUUUCCCGUCAUGCACUAGCUUAUAACUUUUGUGGGCUCCCUGUGUGUUGUUCCUAGGCAACGCAUCAAUGGCGGACGUUUCUUGGGUUCAGUUUUGACAAAUUGACUUGUUUAUUUACUGAUUUUCCAUGAGCUACGACGAAAAUUUUACUUUUCAUUUCUUUGUACACACAUCGGUAGGUUUUAUGUGUUAGAUCCGCCUGAUUCAAGACGUUUUUUAUAGAUCUCUUGCUCUACGUUUGUAAAACGAUGCCUAUUGAUAAAGUUCCAGUUGUGCACAAAUUUGGGAUAAUUUCUCACAGCCAAAGAGUAAGCCUUGAGCAGAGAUUAGAACAAAAAGCAACCGUGGGAAAUGUACCUAACACCUAUGCUCGUACUAAAAGACUUUUAUCUGAAGUCUCAGAUGACUUUGUCGCCAAGUUCAAUGACAGUAACUAUGAUGAUCAACAGACUCUUUUGCCGACUGCAUCAAAGAUGCUCAUGAGGGCAAAGCGCCGUGUUGGUCUAAGUGGCAGAGGUGAAGGCAAUCAUGUUAACAUACCAAAAGCCUGGGCUGAGCUAACUCUUCUUGCUCAAAUCAACAAUAGGGGAAUACAAGAAGAGUCUCUAGAAGUCCUGAUAGCCUCGGUAACUCAGGCCCCAUUAUCAACAAGCCACAUUCCGAGUUUGUUCUAUUUGGCAAAAAGUGUUCUCCACUGGCUGAGAAAGAGUGGCUUAAACCAGCCAUUUUUAAGGACAGGAGAGCUGAAACUGCUAAAGAUGGGCCACCUUGUGUUUAUCAGGCUGUACCAUGCUCACCAGACAAACAACCUACAGGGCCAUGAAGAAGACAGGGUGUCAUUGAAACAGUACCUUGAAGGGGUAUCUGAGCAGCAGUACAUUUACAAGUCAUUCCCAGGAGCCUUACUUGCUCUUCGUUUCAUAACUGAAGUGGGAUACCUUAUCUGCAAGGGAGUAAAGCUCCCCCCUGACUAUCCAACUAGACAAGAGAAAAAUCAGGGGGGGACUAGCACAGGAGCAGCCUCGCCUGCCCAGUCUCUUGGUGCUAAAACCAAUCCUCACUCACUUCACAUGGAAAAGAUAUUAGAAGAGGAAUUCAACGAAUACAGCAAUCCGCCAAGUCAACAGCGAGGCUCCUCCGUUCUGGAAUGUCCUCGGGAGAUGUCGGUCACCCUUUGGCACGUGUUGGACGUGUGGCGUAGUUUAACUCACAGAGGCACUGGGCUCAAUCAAGCUAUCCGAGGACUUUCAAUCUGCGCUACAGGCCUGGCCAAUGAGUCGUGGCUUGAUGUGUCAUGCGCGUUUCUCAUUCUUGCCCAUGCGUCUUCUAACGACCUUACAAUCUUACAGACAUUCCAGGCAUUAGCCUCGGGCGUGCUUGCUAGACCAGCGGAAAUCUCUGAAGUGCAUGCGUUGCAUAUUCAUCACAUGUGUGAGAAUUGUCUAUCGUCGUUCACUGGUCACCAGGCUUCUCACGAGGUUGGAGGCGAGGGCGGGGAAUUGGAUGAGUUCUUCUCAGUAGGUCAGACACCAAGUAUCGUCAGAGGUCUACGAGAUUUUGCCAGUCUGAGCUUUUUGGACAAAGAGGGGCGCCAUUCUCGGGCGGACACCGACGACACCGAUAGCCUGAGGUCCAAUGAUCAGAAAAGCAAUGCCUCAUCUGACGCAAGCCUUGCUGACGUCAGUAGUGUGGAGAGCGUGAGGACUGGAACAAGGAAGAAGAGCAGUGAAAGGCUACGCAAGGAACGGCGUACGCAAAGUAACCUCUCCAAGAACGCACCACAGGGAUCACACACUCUAGGCGACGAGAGUUCCUCGGAUGAUGACGAGAAGGAACGCACCGUUAAGCCAAGGUCCGGAAAGCAUUCAGGCAGCGUUCGGUUCCAGACCGCUGAGCAGGUCAACACGGCGCCUGGCACUAGCUCAGGCUCUUCAUUUCCCGAGGGACUGGAGCGAGAGACGACUAAAGGAAGUCUGUACAGUGCGCAGACCCGUGGAAGCUCCGUGACAGUACCAGACCAAGGUGAUCAAGCUGAGGAAGUUGCUGAAUCUGACGUAACCACAACCCAAAAAACAGCAACAACUCUACUCCCGGACUACACGGGCCUACUUGGCUGGCCCUGGGAACUAGCGUACCUCUAUGUUGAGACUAUGACGUCAGUAGCACUCAACGGCUGCUCCUCGCACAUCCAGAAAGUCGCUCUCCUUGGAAGCGAGGCUUACCGGAAGCCAGAGGUGUUCCGGAAGUCAGAUGGUGGGGUCAGAAGCGGCAUGGGGUUGAUUGACUUGUUGAAGUUUGAGUUUCCUCGCGAUGCGUCAGGGGAACCUGUGAGGGACUGGAGCUGGCGCGUGAGAUUCGCGGCCGUUCACGGACUGGUACGAGUAUGUCGUCAUUGCCAUGGCAACAGCGUUAAAGAUGGCCUUCGCUCUGUGGCCUGGAACUCCUUGAUGAAGCAUCACUCCGCUGAGCGGGAUCCAAGAGUACUGGAGGCUCUCAAGUUAGCGCAGGUUGAAGUGGACUUAGACACCAAGGUGCAGUCAGAGGCGAGCAUGCGCUCUCUACCGACACACAUCGCAGAAAGUCUCACGGCACUCAUGCUGCCCCCACUUCCGCCUGUAGUGCCUGAACCGGAAGUGACGACACGAUCAAGGUCACGUGCUAACCGGGUUGCCAAACCGCAGGUGGUAUCCAAGGGUCAGACACGACCAUCAUUAAGACAAGAGAUCCUUCUAGCAACUGCUGCCGCUGAGCCUCCGGUCGACUACAGCACACGCCUGAACACCGACCUCAUGUCUGUCAUCCACAAACAGUGGCGUAAGCAAUUGCACGAGGAGGAGCAGGAGGCAGAGGCGGACAGGCGCAGGCAGGAGGGGCGCAGGGUCCUAGCUACCCAGGGCAGCGGUACGGCCACGCCCUUAAGGAGUACAGCCACACCCCCAGCAUACGAGGGGUCAGGUGCCAGUCUAAAAAUUCACUCGUUGGUAUCCAGCCCUGCAACUCCCAUUACAGAUGUGGGUAUCGACUGGGCUGGUAGUCGAGUCUGUGGUACACCUGGCGGUGAGGGUAGCCAGGCCUGUGAUUCCACGUCGAGCAGAACGGGAAGUAGUGAUAACAAAGAGGAGCCAAAGAUUGAGAUGAAUACAAGAACACAGGCGAGAUACGUGAAAUUUGCAGAGCCUCCAGAUACCGCGUGACUUUUUCAUCUUGUCUAUGUUCAUUCUUAGUGCCCUGGUAUCCAUGGCACCCAGUACCUUUUGGCCGCUUUCCGGGGUAGUACCCUUUAGGGUAAAAUCUAAGAUUAAUUGACCGUGCAAAUAAUAUAUUGGACACACGAUAGUAAAGAAGACCCCCAAAUUAACUUGAGAUUGCAAUAGUUUUUGGUAAUUGUAAAUUUGUAUAUAGUGUUAAUAGUAUCGAAAUUAAACUGGUAAAAUGCUAA